UGUACACUUAACAACUAACAAUCUGCUGUACAGUAAAUGAUGUGUCUUUUGAAUAAAAAAACGAGUACAGAUACUGUAGACACAUGUACACAUCCAAUAGAGCGAUUAUAAUAACAGAUCUGACCUGGUUCACAACCAGGUGUACAUGGGUGGGGUUCUGACGUCAGUGUUAGAGAAAGUAAAACUAAAGCGACAGAUGUCUUACCUAUCUAAACUGUCUUUCUUAAUUUAUAAACUGGAUAUUUCUUCAGUCAUUGUGAGAGUGAAGUCAACACAGCUGAUAUUCACUCACAGACCUAAACUGAUGAAGAAUCUUCAUCAAUAUCACCAAGAAGAAGAAGAAGAGCCAGGAGACUGAGUAUAAUUGAACCUCCAUUAAUGUCAUCCUCCACUAAUCAAAUGACUGAAGAGCUUCAGUGUUCGAUCUGUCUGGAUGUGUUCAAUGAUCCAGUCAGCACUCCAUGUGGACACAACUUCUGCGAGAUCUGCUUGAAGAAACACUGGGACAACAGUCAAGACUGCAGCUGUCCAAACUGUAGAGAAACAUUCACCAAGAGACCUGAACUCAAGAUUAAUACAACACUCAGAGAUCUUGUGGAUGAACAUAAGAAAAAAACUGAACAAAAACAACCUGAAGUCCUCUGUGACAUCUGUGAGGAAGUAAAGCUGAAGUCUGUGAAGUCCUGUCUGGUGUGUCAGAGCUCUUACUGUCAAACUCAUCUGGACCGUCAUUUGAGAGUGACAGGUUUACAGAAACACAAACUGAUUGAUCCUGUAAAUAAUCUGCAGGAUUAUAUAUGUCAGAAACAUGAGAGACCUCUGGAGCUCUUCUGUAGAGAUGAUCAGACAUGUGUGUGUCUCAUCUGUACUGUCACAGAUCACAAGAAUCACAACACUGUGACUGUAAAAGAAGAAAGAGAAAAGAAGAAGAUUGAGCUGUUGAAGACACAGACAGAUGUGCAGCAGAUGAUCCAGGACAAAAUCAAGAAUAUUCAAGACAUCAAACAUUCAGCAGAACUCAAAAGAUUGGAGCUCUUGAAGAUGGAGGAGAAGCAGACAUUAGAAGAAAAAGAGGAUGAAGAUCUCAUUAAAGAUCUGGAGCAGGAGAUCACUGAGCUGAAGAGAAGAAACUCUGAACUGGAGAAGAUCACAAACACUGAAGAAAAUCUACACCUCAUACAGGUAAAACAUCUAAAAGGUUGGAGAAGGCAGCAACAUUUUUCAUCUGCUCACCAUUUAAAACAUUUAAGACUUCAGUCCUCACGGCUGGUUGGGAGAAUCAGAUCUCAUUUAUGGUUUCUUGUUGUUCCUGUGGGAAUCUCCCUGCUGAUGCUCUACCUUACUUCUUCCACCGAUUUUCAGACUCUCAACAUUGAGAAACUCAAUGAACUUGUGUUUAAGAAGAUUCAGCAGUAUGCAGUGGAUGUGACUCUGGAUCCUGAUACAGCUUCACCAUAUCUCAUCCUGUCUGAUGAUAAGAAACAAGUGAGAGAUGGAAACAUGUGGCAUGAACUCCCAGACAACCCAAAGAGGUUUACUAUGUAUCAUAUUGUCCUGGGAAAUGAGGGAUUCUCAUCAGGGAGAUUUUAUUUUGAGGUUCAGGUGAAGGGAAAGACUGGAUGGGUUAUAGGUGUGGCCAGUGAAUCUGUUAACAGGAAGGAAUCGAUCACAAUGAAACCAGUAAAUGGAUUCUGGUCUGUAACUCUGAGGAAUGGGAAUCAAUAUAAUGCUAAUGCUGAUUUCUCUGUCUCUCUGUCUUUGAAAGUGAGUCCACAGAAGGUGGGUGUGUUUGUGGAUUAUGAGGAGGGUUUGGUCUCCUUUUAUGAUGUGGAGUCCAGAUCUCAUAUCUACUCUUUCACUGAUCAAUCUUUCAAUGAGAAACUCUAUCCAUAUUUUAACCCAGGUUCAAAUAUUUGGGGGAGAAUCUAAGAGCCAUUAACCAUCACACCUGUCAAUAACAAUCAGUAAAUUUGAAAACAAUGUAUGAAAUACUUGAAAAUAAUAUACUAGUCAACAUUUGAAGUGGAUCAAAAAAGUUUAUCAAAGUUGUCCUAAGACAAGAAUGGGUAUUAGGGAUUGGUUUUAUGUAAACUUUUUUGAAUGGUUUUGAUCCACUUCGAAUGUUGACUAGUGUACUUCUUGUCAUUUAAAAUAUGAAAACAUAAAAAUGAUACAUGCUACUUUUCAGAGUAUAACAAUUAUUUUGUCAUUUGAUGUCAAUUGCUGGAAUUACAGAUAUUCUCUUUAAUUGUAAGAAUAUGUAGGUGACAGAAGAGACUUCUGGAAAGGGAAUAGUGAGGUAUUUUUCAACAACUAUUUGUUCUGGUAUUUCAGUUAAUGGGUCAUAAUGGUGUGUGUUUAUGAAGCAUGUGUGAGCGCCAAACACGUUCUGUAUGAACUUCCAUUAAAAACUGCUGGUUUAAAGGUCUGUUUAGUCUAAUAUGUCACGAUCCUCAUCUGUCCUCACUAACCGGACUACAACUCCCAUCACCCUUUGCACCCUGUCAUCAAAUCAUUGAUUAUUGACUGCACCUGUUGAAUAGAGCAGCAAACCCGCUUUUGGACAUUUUUGAAUAAAACAAGGCAUCUUUUCUUCUUCGUUGGAUAACUCCUCUCUCUGGGGCUCUAGCAAAGGGUCCAUCGA